AUGCCUAACAUAGUAGGGAGUUUCAUAUGGCGAAUUGUACGCCAUGUCGCAAUAAUUUUACCCGCGGGGACGCUCCUUGGUACUGGCGUUGCCUUGGGGUUACCUCCGCACCCUCACUUGGAUGCUGCAAUCUUCUUGUUGCUAGCCGUGUCUGCCAUGGUUUCUUUUCUCUUGCACGCACCGGCCUUUCAACAAGCCCGUCUCGGCACUGUCGCUGGUCUCGUUGCACUUAGUUGCAUCAUUUCUCAGUCACACUGCUUCACGCAGUCCCCAAAGUCGAGGCACGAGAUCAUGGCCGGGCUUCGAGAUUAUAUUCUGAAGAUGGCCAUAAUCACAUCCGUGAUAGCCAUGAGAUUGACGGCGAUGCCCAGAAACAGACAAGAAACUGCGGGGAUAAUUGAGGAGGGAGAGCACAUCUCGCCCAUGUGUAUUGAACGAUGCAAAUCUCUGCGCAAUCUAAGCACAAAACUGUCCUGGGACUUGGCUUCCACCGCAAGCCAUACAGGUCUACUCUCCAACAUAGGCUCAUUGGAUUUCAAGUGUAUGUCUGGACCCAAAUCCCAUGAUUCGGACUGUUCAUCUUGUCAAGACUCGGACAUUACACUGUCAUCUGAUAUGCAGGGCGAGCCAACCAGGAACAUGGAUAUCAUUGAAUGGACCACUGCCACAAGCCCUGCCAUAGGCUCUGUCACACUCGAAACCAAAGGAGACUCCUUCUCAACGCAGACAGUGCUGCAAAAGGAUACAGCGUAA